CCCAGGGACAACCGUGGACCCGGAGGUGCGCCUCUCUGGAAGUGCGGUUUACUUGUUCUGAGCAGCAGCUGCUCGGCGGAACUUCUUAGCAGGAUGGGUAAAAAGAUAAAAAAGGAAGUAGAACCUCCUCCUAAGGAUGUGUUUGAUCCAUUAACAAUUGAAAGCAAAAAAGCAGCAACCGUGGUGUUAAUGCUUAAUUCUCCUGAAGAAGAAAUUUUGGCUAAAGCAUGUGAAGCUAUUUAUAAAUUUGCUUUAAAAGGAGAGGAAAAUAAAGCAACCCUCCUUGAACUGGGAGCUGUGGAACCUUUAACCAAGCUUCUCACUCAUGAAGACAAAAUUGUAAGAAGAAAUGCUACUAUGAUAUUUGGAAUCCUGGCUUCUAACAAUGAUGUUAAAAAAUUGUUAAGGGAGUUAGACGUCAUGAAUUCUGUUAUCGCUCAGCUCUCUCCAGAAGAAGAAGUAGUUAUCCAUGAGUUUGCUAGUCUUUGUCUGGCGAACAUGUCUGUCGAAUAUACAGGUAAAGUGCAAAUAUUUGAACAUGGUGGAUUAGAGCCACUCAUCAGAUUACUGAGCAGCCCAGACCCUGAUGUGAAGAAGAAUUCUAUUGAAUGCAUUUACAAUUUGGUUCAGGAUUUUCAGUGUCGAACUGCGCUUCAAGAACUAAAUGCAAUCCCUCCUAUGUUAGAGCUCUUGAAGUCAGAGUAUCCAAUUAUUCAGUUGUUGGCUCUCAAAACCUUAAAUGUCAUUACAAAUGAUAAGGAAUCCCGAAUAAUGCUCAGAGAAAAUCAAGGAUUGGACCAACUUAUUAAGAUCAUAGAGGCUAAGGAAUUGAAUGACCUUCACGUAGAAGCACUUGCAGUGGUAGCCAAUUGCUUUGAAGAUAUGGAAACUAUGACGCUAAUUCAGCAAUCAGGGGGUCUUAAAAAAUUCCUAUCAUUUGCUGAAAACUCUACGAUUCCUGAUAUUCAGAAGAAUGCAGCAAAAGCAAUUACUAAAGCAGCUUAUGAGCCUGAAAAUAGGAAACUUUUUCAUGAACUUGAGGUUGAAAAGUGCCUGGUAACCCUUUUGGGUUCUGAAAGCGAUGGACCUAAAAUCGCUGCUUCCCAAGCGAUUUCAGCAAUGUCUGAGAAUUCGAGCAGCAAAGAUUUUUUCAAUACUCAGGGGAUUCCACAGUUAGUUCAGCUGCUCAGAAGUGACAACGAAGAGGUGAGGGAGGCUGCAGCUCUGGCCCUGGCAAACCUGACCACCUGCAAUCCCGUCAAUGCCAAUGCUGCUGCUGAAGCUGAUGGUAUCGAUCCACUGAUAAGCAUCCUGUCUAGCAAACGAGACGGAGCGGUCGCCAACGCCGCCACCGUGUUAACCAACAUGGCCAUGCAGGAGCCCCUGCGCACCAGCAUCCAGAGCCACGACAUCAUGCACGCGCUCAUGGGCCCGCUGCACUCCGACAACCCGGUGGUGCAGAGCAAAGCCGCGCUCACCGUCGCCGCCACCGCGUGCGACGUGGAGGCUCGGGCAGAGUUAAAAAAUUGUGGUGGACUGGAACCCCUGGUGGAGCUCCUGUACUCCAAGAAUGACGAAGUGAGACGGCACGCCAGCUGGGCUGUGAUGGUCUGUGCCGGCGACGAGCUGAUGGCUGUCGAGUUUUGCAGGCUGGGGGCUUUAGAUAUCCUUGAAGAAAUUAAUCUAUCAGUGAGACGAAAAAAUAAAUUCAGCGAGGCAGCUUAUAACAAAUUGCUCAACAAUAAUCUCUCUCUGAAAUACAGCCAGAUUGGCUAUUUGUCGUCAAGUAACAUAAUUAGUGAUGGAUUCUAUGAUUAUGGUCGGAUAAAUCCUGGCACCAAACUUUUGCCAUUGAAGGAACUCUGCUUUCAAGAACCAAGUGAUCAACGAGCCGUACUCUUGAUCAAUAGUAAAGCUUCUGAUAAUUUUAGUUCUUCACCUCCAUCUAUGGAUGAUAAAUCAUCAGAAAUGGGUUAUGGACGAAGUAUUUCUUCUUCUUCAUCUUUAAGAAGAGCAAGUAAAGAAAAGACCAACUUCCGUUUUAGUGCUGGAUUUGGAUCUCCCACAGAAGAGAAAGCAGAGCCUGCUUCUGGAAGAAACACUGCUGCUAGCAGAAGUGCUGCAAAGGAAAAAGGACCCAGGAAAGGCAGAGGGAAAAAAGAAGAGGAAAAACUGAAAGAGGAGGAAGAAAUUCUGGCAGUUCCAAAACUGACUGGAGAAAGUUCUGAUAAAGAAUGGUUCCCUCCCUCCGAUCCUGACUUCUGUGUUUAUGUAUAUGAGGUGACCAAAUCAAUACUGCCCAUAACCAAUAUUAAGGAACAGAUUGAGGCUCUUGCCAAGUAUGUGGCAGAAAAAAUGGGUGGUAAGAUUUCAAAAGAGAAACUGCCUGAUUUUGGCUGGGAACUUCACAUAAGUGAACUAAAAUUUCAACUUAAAUCCAACGUUAUACCAAUUGGAUAUAUCAAAAAAGGAAUCUUCUACCAUCGAGCUUUGCUUUUCAAGGCUCUGGCUGAUAAAAUCGGCCUGGGCUGCAGCCUGGUUCGAGGGGAGUACGGCCGCGCGUGGAACGAAGUGAAGCUGCAGAACGAGUCUCGGAAGGGCGCGACCGGGGGCCUGCCCCAGCCCGAGGUCUACAUCGUGGACGUCAUGUUCCACCCAGGGUCGCUGCUGAGGCUACAGAGCAGGGAGGCCGACCUCUACCGGUUUCUCUGAGCUAGCCAAGGAAUCCAAGAGGGGUUCAAAUGGGAAAUUCGCUACAUACCCUAAGAAGUUCAUCCAUUGAUCUUAUAAAUAAAAGUAUUAGAAAUGUUCUGUGCAGAAAUGAGGAACUUUCUUGAACUUUGUUGUGUGCUGGAUUCGGGUUGGUGGCAAAGAGUCGUUAUUAGGUCCUCUCUACUCACAAUCUGUCACAUAAAAGUCACUGUGGUUGGACCAACCCGGAUCACUGUGCCUCUCUGUCCCUUUAGGGUUCAUGAGUACAAACUCUCAGCUGCUCCCAGGAAGACUCUGGCCCUUGACAGACUCUGUCCUUCACACCCAGGAUGCUUGGAGAGCACUUGCUGACACUAAGUCAGAGGAUUUUUAAUGUCUUCAAUCACCCUUUCUUGCUUUCAUUAAGAUUUGGAUAGUGUGAGUAUUGAUAGACUUAUAGACCUUAAUAUUACAAAUUCCUUUCUAACUCUUUAGUUCAUGUUUUUUAAAACUUACCAUUAACAACACUACUUAGAUAGACUUCAUUGAAUUAAAAUUAGUUUUUAGGGACUGGGGAUGUAGCUCAGUGGUACAGCACUUGCCUAGCAUGUGUGAGGCCCUGGGUUCAAUCCCCAGCACCAUAAGCAAACAAACCAAAAGUUCUAAAAAAUAUUUCCCAAAAAUGUCUUUGUCUUGUCUAUAUUAACUUGCAAACAGACCUUCAGUGGAGGUGGGGGAAUGGUGAUAUGAAAAUAGAAGGACCACUAGAGAAAAGGGGGCUCUAGGCUAACAGGGAGGAUGGGUAGGACCAAACUGCAUUUACAUAUAUGUGCAAAGUUGUCACAGUGAAGCCCAUUAUUUUGUACAAUUAACCUGCACUGAUUAAAAGGAAAGAAAAAAAUAGACUUUCAGUCAAAAACGAUCCCGAUUUGUUCUUACACAUUAUUAGGCUGAGUCACCAAAAUAAAGUUUUAAAUUAAUACAACUUAAAAAAAUAAUCUUUGCCAACGAAUUGUUUUUUCAGUCUUGAGCACAAAACAGGGAGUAAACACAUUUCAAUGAGGAAAAUAAACAUUAGCAGUAAGAUGAAUCUCAUGAUGUAUGUAUCUCCUAACCAGGCUUCAAGUCUAAAAUUUACCCAUGUAAUCAUUUUCUUUUUAUAUUUUAUUUUCUUUUAUUUUUUGGUACUAAGGGUUGAUUCCAGGGGUCCAAUGUAAUACAUCCCCUGCCCUUUUUAUUUUUAAUUUUGAGACAGCAUCUCUCUAAGUUGCUGAGGCCAACCUCAAACUUACAAUCCUCCUGCCUCAGCCUCCCAAAUCUCUGGGAUUACAGCCAUGACCCACCAUGGCUGACCAUAUAAUCAUUUGCUUAAAAGGUAUUUUAAAGUGAAUUUGACUUAAGAAAUUAGG